GUUAGUUGAUAUCGGGACUGCGCGUCGACAAGUCGAGUGAUUUCUAAUUAGAAAUUGUUCAAGCGUUUGAUAAAAAAUAACAGUAUUUUUUCACGUUAUUUUUGUUUUUAUUUUGUUGUUUUUGCACUUCUUGUUGCCGAAAUGUGUUAUCUAUAGAGAACGAAAAACGAAAAUGUUUGCUGCCUUUAAUGUAAUUUUAUACUCGAUAUCCACUAUAUUUAUUCUUACAAAUGUGUUUCUGGCGUGUGCCGACAAGGUCAGCGUGGUGGAGUUGACCAAUUCGUGGACGCUGCGCAAUCAAAAUGGAUCCAUAACGAAAUCUGGACUUAAAAUUCCCAUAAGUGUUUACUCAGCGCUAAGCUCUACUUACGGCGAUGUGUUGCAAUCGAAGAAUGAUGUUAAUCUACGUUGGAUCGCUUACGAUAAUUGGACCUUUACGAAGCAUUUCAAUGUUGAAGAAGAAGACUUUGCCAAUGUGAAUGCGAUCAAUCUGACAUUCUACGGCAUUGACACGGUGUCGAUCAUCCGACUAAAUGGCAUAAAUAUCGGUAAAACGGAUAAUAUGUUCAUGCGUUACAAUUUCGAUGUGCUGCGCUAUUUAAAACAAGAAAAUGUCUUGGAAAUAGAAAUCUUCUCACCCAUUUGGGCCGCCAAAGCACUGGCGAACGAAGGUGUGCCAUGGAACGUGAUAGCGCCACCAGAGUGUCCACAUGCAUCGUACAGGGGUGAAUGCCAUCGUAAUCUGUUGCGUAAGAUGCAGAUGAGUUUUGGCAGUGGUGUGGGACCCGCUGUGCCCUCGGUGGGAAUAUGGAAAACAAUAGCUUUGGAAUAUUAUGAGGUUGCCAUUUUGCGUUUCGUCGAUAUUGCUGUGGAGCAAAAUACCACACACUGGAUCAUGGAUGUGCAUGCCUUCUUUAAUACUGUACUAUCGUAUGAUUUCUUUGGAAAUAUCACUUUAUUUGCACCUGACCUAUUGACAGAAAACCCAUACAAAGUGGGCCUAAAAACCAUAAGCUAUCAAUCGCCAAGGGUAACAUUUCAAGUGCCGGUACCCAAGGAAUCCGUCGAGCUGUGGUGGCCCAAUGGCUAUGGUGAACCACAUCUCUACCCAAUAUUCGUGUCAGCGACAUGUUGGUCGCAGACUGAUGAACCACAAUUGCGGGCAAAAACUGUUUCACAGCAAUUAGUGAAAGUUGGUUUCAGAACUGUGGAAUUAAUUGAAGAUCCCGAAGAAGGACAGGGUCGCACAUUUUACUUUAAAGUGAAUGGUGUACCAGUUUUCAUAAAGGGUGCGGCAUAUCUACCCGCCGACAUAUUGCCCGAAAACUAUGAUGAUGCUGAAAAAGUGGAUCAUAUCUUAAGAUCGGCACAAGAGGCGAACAUGAAUCUGAUACGUGUCUGGGGUGGUGGUCUUUACGAGUCUAAAACCUUCUACGAUACCGCAGACAAGUUGGGUUUGAUGGUUUGGCAGGAUAUGACCUUCACUAAAGCCACUUAUCCGGUUAUAGACUUCUUCGUCGAAUCAAUUCGUGUUGAGACUUCGCAGAAUGCCAAAUUUCUCGCAUCGCAUCCAUCUUUGAUAUUGAUAGUGACUAACAAUGAGAUCGAAUUGUUUAUAGUGCAGAAUAAAGAAAGUUUUGGCUCGGAACAUGAAUACAAACGCCUAGAAAACGAGUACAAACAACUCUUCAUGGGCACAAUUAAACCGGAACUGAAUGUCAUAUCACGCAAUUCGUUUGAUCCGCGUCCGGGACCAAUGAUCUCAACACCAUCGAAAGGUAUUGAGGAGAACAAAAAAGAUUUGCCACUGGAUUUGCAAAGCGUUAACUAUGGUGAUGUCCACUUUUGGCAGGAAUAUUCCGAUGGCUGUGAUCCAGACAUAUAUCCGCGCGCACGCUUUGUCAGUGAAUACGGCUUUCCGAGUAUGCCAGCAAUAACAUCGUGGAAUCUAACAAUGUCGAAAGACGAUACAAUCGUCGAUUUGAUUAAGCAUCGUCAACACAGCAUAUAUGGUAUGACGCCGAUGUUACAGUUAAUCGAACGACAUAUACCUUUUCGUGCAUCCAACUGGGAGCACGACAUCAACGACUUGGUCUACUUCAGUCAACUUACACAGGCCAUGGCCGCUAAGACGGGCACAGACGUAUUUCGCAGUCAGAGCGUCAAUUAUCGCACAAUGGGCGCAAUAUAUUGGCAUUUGAAUGAUGUGUGGGUGGCGCCCACCUGGUCCAGCAUUGACUACUACGGCAAUUAUAAACUUCUCUACUAUUGGUCCAAAGAGUUCUUCGCACCCCUUUAUAUAGUCGCUUUGAUGGAUGCCAGCAACAAGCGCAUCAAUAUAACUUUGAUCCGGGAAGAGUAUAAGGACUAUCCUGACGCACGCAAAUAUGUAGAAUCGAUAAAUCUUUACUAUUGGGAUAAAUUGAUUAGCAGGAAGUCUUUUACGCGUGACGAAGUUUUAGAGACUAAUUCCGCACAGCAACGUUCUGUGGCACUGGAUGAGUUCAUAUCUCCACCAUUUACAGUUAAGAAUUCCUUUUUAGAAAUUACGCUUAGCAAUACUAAAGGAGAAGUACUCGCAUCAACAUUUUUCUUACCCACGAAUAUGAAGAACAUUGAGGGCAUAACCGAUCCGAAGAUUACAGCCGAAAUAACCUGGCGGUAUUGCAAUGAAGAUGCGCUCUCGCUGAAACGCCGCAUCGCUUACAGUCUCUUGGUGCGUGUCAAAUCGCCUGCGCUCUACGUGUUCAUACAAAUCGUACAUCCGAAAAUCAAAAGAUAUAAACUCUCGCAGAACGGCUUCAUACAAGCAGAACCCGUUAAAGUCAUACAUCUGGAAUAUGAGCAUCCAACGGAAUGUAUGACCAUAUCGAAUGAGAAUAUAAAAGUACAAACCAUGAAUCAAUAUCUAUUAGCCGAAGCGGAGAAAAAGGCGCAAAGCGCAACGAACACACGAAGACGGCGACGCCGAAAACUGGACUUGUGAUAAGACAGAGUUUCGUUUACUGCUUAAAUAAGUGCUAUAACGGUUGCUAUUUAAUACAUAAGAUGUGCAUUGUAUAUGCGUAUGUUUGUAGGUGUAUGUGAUAUAUAUGUAUGUAUAUAACAAGUGUUUGAGAUUUAUUGACAGUUGUGUCGCAAUAUGACAAAAUCUGUUUAUGUGAAAUGUUAUUAUUGUUAUUGUAAGUUGUAAAAAUUAUAAAUAUAAUUUGUUAAGUUAUAAAGUACAGUUCGCUGCAAAAUCGCUCAGCUUUUAUCAAUAAUUUCAAAUGUUUUCUUAGCACUGUG